AUGAAUAACAAUGAUGGCAGCGAUGUUUUUUUAACAGACCCUAAGAAAAACGUUCACUGCCCUGGUGACUCCAAAUCUUCUAAUACCAUUAAGCAAGAAAUCAAACAGGUUUCAGAUUCAGUUAAUAACAAUAACAAAAACAAUGCAAACAAUUCAACAAAUUCCGAUGCAAAAGCUAAUACAGAAGCAAACAAUAAACCCGAUCUAGUAAAUGGCAUGUUUUCUGCGGUUAAACCGAAUAAAUUAUCAAAACCUUUAAAGAAGAGAGUAGAUAAUCCACCAAAAAACGCGCAAUCACAUAAACCAGAUCAUGAAAUCUCCAUUUUAAAUUUCGAAGAAGAGUAUCCAAAUGAAAUUCCAGUUUUUACAGAGGAAGCCACAAUCAAAGCUAUGAAAGAUCUCAUUGUACAGCCACACCAAGUGAAAGUUAUAACUGAUGAUGAUUUAUCUCAGUAUGCGCAAUUUCCUGAAGUAAAAGAGAAAGCGCGCCAAGCAAUGGAGAACAGACGUAAAGCUAUCAUACAAGAGAUCAAGAAAGAGCGCAAGAAAAUCCUUGAUAGCCAGAAAAAUGAUGAAGAUUUUCAAGCAGAAAAACAAAAAUCGAUCAGACGGAGCCAAAUGACAGAUGAAGAGAAAAAACAACACGAGGAGGAACUACAAAAGAUUGAAGACUUCCAAAAACGUGAAGUUGUUCAAUUAAUUGUCAAUCUUUUGAUUCAUGAGCAAAUAAUGAAAGAAGAACAAGAACAGAAACAGAAGAGAGAACAAAGACAAGCCGAAUACGAGAAAGAACUGAAGGCAAAAGCCCAAGCAGAAGCCGAAAAACGCGAACAAAAAGAGCAGCAAAUCCAACAAAGAAUAAAUGAAAGAGAACAAAAGAUCUUAGAGAUGAAAAUCAAACAGGAAGAGGAAAUAGAGAAGAACAGGAGAUUAUUACAGGAACAAAAACAAAAGCAAAGAAUGAUGAUGAUGGAAGCAGAAAAAAAUCGUCUUCAAAAAGCGAACGAACGAAGGGAACUAAUGGAGAAAAAGUUCCAAGAAGACCAGCAAAAGAUAAUUGACAGACAGCGCGAACAAGUACAAAGAGAGAUGAUGUUCCAGAAGAGAAGAAUGCAGACAAUCAACGCAAUUCGAGAGAAAAACAGAAUUGCUUUCAAUUUACAGAAGCAAAGAUUCGAAAACGGACAGAAGAUGCAGCAGGAAAUGCAGCUCCAAAAGCAGAAAGAAAUGGAAAAGAAGGAAGAAGAACUAAAGGAAAGAUUAACAAAAGUGAAAGAAGAGAAAAUGAAGAAGGCCAAAGAAUUAAGAGCCAAAAGUGACAUGAUGGUUCAAAGAAUCCAAGAAGCACAAGAGAAAGUCAACACGGAAAGGGAGCAGCUCAUCAAGAAGAUGGAAGAAAGCGAGAACAGAGUUGAACAGAAGCUACAACAAGCUCGCGAAGAAAGAGAAGAAAAGAGAAGAAACGAAAGACAAAUCAGACAAGAAAAAGAAGAGAAAAGACAGAAAAUGUUGGAAGAAAGAGAAAAGAAAGAAGAAGAAAGAGUCUCGCAGAUCAUGAAACAAUGGGAUGAUGAACAACAAAGAGUUAAAGAAGCCAAAGAAAAGAAGGAACAAGAGAUUCAACAACAAAUGGCAAUUGUUUCAAUGAAAAACCAGAUGAGAGAUCAAAAUGCUGAGAGACAACAACAACUUUUAGAGAAGAAGAAUAGAGAUAAAGUCGAGAAACAACAAGGAAGAGAGAAGAAAGCUGAAAUUUAUAUUAAGAACAAAUUGGAAAUUGCUCAAAGAAAGAAGUUGGCAAAUAUUACUUUGGAAAUGAAGAAACAAAUAAUCAGAGAUGACUUUAAUGACUUGUUGUUACAUUACGGAUCUUUAGAUGUAAACCAACUUGCAAAUAAAUUUAAUAUCGAUGUAGGCCAGUUGAGAGAGAUGGUUGAAACAUCUAAGAAUAAGGCUACAACUAAGGCUUAA